AUGCCUCCCAUGGCUUUUAUCGGAGAAGUGGCGAAAGUCGGAGUGAUGAACAAGACCGCGACGGUGGUCGUGUCGCGGCUCGUCGCGCACAAGAGAACAGGGAAGAUGCUCAACCGUUCGACGAAGAUCCUCGCACAUGACGAGAAAAACGAGCUGCACAUACGAGACACCGUGCUCAUCCGCAACUGCCCGCCCAUCUCCGCGCGCAAGCGGUUCACCCUCGAGCGCAUCAUCAAGAGCCCCGUCGCGGACCGUGAGGCCCUCCACGCGAGGCAGGCGGCCGAGGCGGCUGCGACAGCAGCAGGAGUAACUCAAGCUGGCAAUCAGGCGACCUCUCCGUCAUAA